AUGAGUCCCGUGGCAGUCGAAACCCCCACACCAGGGGCUAUCAAGUCGCAACAGCUCAAGCCCAACAUUGGUGUUUACACAAACCCUCAGCACGACCUAUGGAUCACGGCAGCUGAGCCCACUGCUGAGAGCGUCAAGGCAGGUACCGACCUGAAGCCGGGAGAGGUCACUGUUGCCAUCCGCAGUACCGGUAUUUGCGGAUCCGAUGUGCACUUUUGGCACGCUGGCUGCAUCGGCCCCAUGAUUGUGGAGGGCGACCACAUUCUCGGUCACGAAUCUGCGGGAGACGUCAUCGCAGUGCACCCCUCUGUAACUAGCCUAAAAGUUGGCGACCGUGUUGCCAUUGAGCCUAAUAUCAUCUGCAAUGAGUGUGAGCCAUGCUUGACUGGCCGCUACAACGGCUGCGAGAAGGUCGAGUUUCUGUCCACCCCUCCGGUACCCGGACUGCUCCGUCGAUAUGUCAACCACCCAGCAACUUGGUGCUACAAGAUUGGCGACAUGUCCUAUGAGGAUGGUGCCAUGCUGGAGCCUCUGAGCGUAGCCCUUGCCGGACUGGAGAGAGCCGGAGUCAAGCUGGGAGACCCCGUUUUGAUUUGCGGUGCUGGACCCAUUGGUUUGAUUACUCUACUCUGCUGCGCUGCUGCUGGAGCUGCUCCCAUCGUCAUCACGGAUAUUGCUGAGAGCCGGUUGGAGUUCGCCAAGUCGAUCUGCCCUCGUGUAAUUACCCACAAGGUCGAGAGGGAAUCGGCAGAGGACUCUGCCAAGCGAAUCGUUCAGUCAUUCGGAGGCGUCGAGCCGGCCCUUGUGAUGGAAUGCACCGGCGUGGAGAGCAGUAUCGCCACUGCUAUCUGGACUGUCAAGUUUGGCGGCAAGGUCUUCAUCAUUGGUGUCGGAAAGAACGAGAUCAACAUCCCAUUCAUGCGAGCAAGCGUGAGGGAGGUUGACAUCCAGCUCCAGUACAGAUACAGCAACACCUGGCCCAAGGCAAUCCGUCUGGUGGAAAGCGGCGUCAUUGAUCUGAAAAAGCUGGUGACGCACCGCUUCCCGCUUGAGGAUGCGCUCAAGGCAUUCGAAACCUCAGCAGACCCCAAGAGUGGUGCCAUCAAGGUUCAGAUCCAGAGUCUAGAUUAG